AUGCCUGAAGAAAUUCUAUCGCGUGCUUCUUCCCGAUUGGACGAUCUUAGCAAUGGCCUUAGACUUGAUGUUCGGGCCCACCAAAGAACAUACGAAGGAGCCUACACCAGAACAGCCAUUUCUUGUCUCUCCUUCUCCAUUGUGAUUCUCAAGCUUUUUUCGUCCGAGUUUCUUCCAAUUGGAAUGGUUUACACGGCUUAUGGGUGUUUAGUAUACUUUAUGGGUGUCAUCAAGGCUGGUACCGUUGACACGUACUACAAUGCUGAAAAAGAUGCAGUGGAGUUUAAAACGGCGGGAAACUCUGUACUUUUGCUUACAGGAAUCAGCUUGGCCAGCUACAUAGCACUACUCAUAUUUGUGAUUAGGCUCUGA